CAAAAUGGCGUUGAAAUGUGCAGAAAGUGGUUAUUUUGCACAAGUUAUAUUUACUCAUGAUAGCAAGCCCCCCGUCCUUAUCAACAAAGAGCUGAUCACAUUGGGCAGGAAAGAAGGUUGUGAUAUCAGCUUUCCUGGGUGUAAAUUUGUAUCAGGGCAUCACUGUACUAUUACAAGGGAUUCAGAUGGUACAUUUUGGCUUCAAGACUUCAGAUAUAGCAUUUGUUUUUCAAGACUUAAAGGUCUUGAAAGAAGAAGCAGAAUUACUAGAUAACACUUUGGAGUAUGACAAUGAUACGGAGGAAGAUGUUGGUGAGAAUGAAGAAGUCAAACCAAGUGAGGCAGCAAUUGUUUCUCAAAAAAGGUCUCAUAGUGAGGCUGGAGAUACAGAUGAAGGAACCGAGCCCAAAAGGAAGCGCCAGGGGGAUGAAGAGGGAGCAUCCAGUAGCAAAAAACCUGAGCUUCUCCCACAUAACUCCAUUGCUGAUACGCUGCUUUGUAGUAUAUGCCAAGACAUUUUCCAUGAUUGUGUGAGUUUACAGCCCUGUAUCCAUUCAUUCUGUGCUGCGUGUUAUUCACAAUGGAUGGAACGUUCUAAGGAAUGUCCAACUUGUCGUAAAAAGGUUGAAAGAAUUAGCAAAAAUCACAUCAUAAACAACUUGGUAGAAGCCUUCUUGAAAGAACAGCCAGAGAGACAGCGGAAAGAAGAAGAGCUAAGAGAAAUGGAUAGGAAAAAUAAGAUAACAGAGGAUAUGCUUAGACCAAAACAUUCAAGAGGUUUGUUUGUGUCGUCAUCCUUUGGUGAGGACGCUGAUGAUGGUGAGGAUGAUGACGAUUACAACAAUAGUGAUGACAGCAGUGCCAGUGGUGUUGGUGACAGCAGUGAGUCUGAUGACUCUGAUAGAACAGGUGCACCUUUUAUGCCUUCUUCAUUUGGGGGUUUAUUUGGAUUCUCCUCUUUAAUAAGGCCUGUACCCACCAACUGUCGACUCUGUCCUGGAUACAUUUCACCAACCAUUUUGACACCUAUGGCCAGUACUAGUGAAGUAGCACCAACAACGAGUGUGACACCACCAGACUACACAUGUACCCCAGAUCAGAUCCACAUCUUAUGUCAGUGCUGUCUUCAACCAAUGCCAUACAGAUGGCCUGAUGCAAUGACAGCAAGUAUUCCUGCACAGAAAUGUUCAAUCUGCCAAAAGUCAUUUUGUCAUAUGUUGUGGGGAUGUCAUGGUAGUGGCUGUCUGGGAUGUCUUAAUAAAUUCAAAGAAAAACUGGACUCCAAAGAAUACACGACAGUCGAUGCAGCAAGCCAUGAUGUCAAUUCAGAAACUGUGCUUUGUCACAGAUGUGCAUUACGAAAUUUCAAGGAGCUAGCGUAUCAGUUUCGUCGUGAUAUACCAAGGGAACAAUUACCAGAGUCAGUGCAUAGACGUACUGAUUGUUAUUGGGGUAAAAACUGUCGAACGCAGAGGACCAAACAACUUCAUGCAAGUCGCUUCAAUCACAUUUGUGAACAGACAAGAUUUACAUACCUGAAAUGAUCUCCAUCAGCAAGAAGUGAUCCUAACAAGUUGCCUGUCCUCAUGAUAGUAAACGAUGCAUGGUGCAUUAUAGACCACGCUAAUCAAGAGCAAACAUACCCAGCAUACUUUUUUUAAACGAUAGUGUCUUCGAAAGUAUACUACACCUCGUUGGUUAUUUCAUGUUUAUUUGAAUAAAAGAUAAACAAUUUUGACAAA